AUGAAAAGAUUUUUUACAUCUCUUCUCAUAUCAGUUUUUUUUCAAAUUGUUAAUGGAACUCAUUUUUAUGGUGGAACAAUCAAUUGGUCACCAGUAAAUAAUCAUACUGUUGAAAUAGAUAACACACUAACAAUCAUUAUUUCACAACGAUAUGCAUGGUCAAUAAACACUAUAGCUAGUGCAUGUACGACAUCAACAAUUUUAUCACAUGGUUUAAUUGGAGAUGUUUCAAAUAAUAUUCUUAAUUGUCUAUCUGAUUCAACAAUAUGUGCAAGAACUAAUUUUGUUGCUAAUAUUUCAAGUUUAGUACUAUGUACUGAUUAUAACGAUAUGUUAGAUAUAUCUUUUGGCAGUAGUCAAACAUGGGUAGAUUUCAAUGUGUUAUCAAAUGGUCUUAUUAUUGGUUAUAAGUCUUCUAAUGAUGGUUGGAUACCUUUGGAAUUAGGUGGUGGUCAUUGGAGUUUAGUUAUGUAUCUUAAUUUACAAAAACGUCCAGAUAAUGGUCUGAUAAAUCAUUCGCCGACAUCAUCAAUGUCAAUAGUAAAUUAUGUAUCAAUUACCGACAAUACAACAAUAUCUGUUAAUAUACCAAUGAGUGAUAGUGAUGGAGAUAUGAUUCAAUGUCGUUUUGCAAAAUCGAAUAAUACAUUAAGUGGAAUUCUUAUAAAUGAAUGUCAAGGUGCUUGUUCUACUAUAGCUCUUCCAUUAUCAACACAGUUGAUUUCAAUCAAUAAUACAUGUACACUGUAUGUUACUCUAUCAUCAGCUGGUAGUUAUGUAGUGGCAAUUCAAUUAGAAGAUUUUCUAGAAAAUUCUACUGUUAUACUCAGUUCAGUACCAUUUCAAUUUAUUUUAAUAGCAGUUGAUACUUCAAAUUCAUCAAAUAAUUGCACUCGUCCACCGACUAUUAUCAAUAUUCAACCUGAUUCUCCUUCACAUGGUUCUACCAUAACAAUUCAAAUGAAUGUUCCAUAUAAAUUUACUGUUAUUGCUCAAAUAGGUUGUUUAAAUGAUACAGAAAUAAAUAUUACAAAUUUUAUAACAUCAAGUCCACACGGUAUGUUCAAAUCAGAUCAUCCAUAUGUAUUAACAUCAACAUUGUAUGCUAUCGAUCAUAUUUGGAUACCAACAAGUGAUCAAUUAUAUCAGACAUUUACUUUUUGUACCAUGGCAAUUGAUAAUAAUUUUUAUUCAUCUCAUCAAUAUUGUUUUAAUUUAUUUGUUGAUUAUAAAAUUAAAGUAGCAUCACAUGAGUCAAUCGUAUUUAAGCCAAAAUCAGCAAUCAGAAUUUUACAGAAGCGACAAGGAUUGUCUUCAAUGUUAGCCACAGAAACAACAACGACAACAACAACAGAAACAACAACAACAACAACAACAACAACAACAACAACAACAACAACAACAACAACAACAACAACAACAACGACAACAACAACAGAAACAACAACGACAACAACAACAAUAACCACAACAACAGAAACUACUACAACAGAAACAACAACGACAACAACUGAAACUACUACAACAGGAACAACAACGACAACAACAGAAACAACAACCACCACAACAGAAACAACAACUUCAAGAACAACCAGAACAACAACGACUGCUUUAACAACAACAACCACGACUACUUCCAUUACAACCGUCACCAUUGGUAUAACAAGCACAACUUCCAAUUAUAUUUCUUUAGUCCUUGGUCUUGCCCUUGGCUUAGGCAUACCUUUAUUAAUUCUCAUUGGUGUUUUGAUUUCAUGUUAUUGUUGUAGUUGUUGUCUUGUUCCUCUCAAGGCAAUACUACGUGUUCGAUAUGGCGAUCGUACUGAACAAAUUUUACAAGAAAAAAAUAAAGUCUUCAAUCGAAAAAUAACUCACAGAUCCGAAAAUCAAGAUUUUCAUAAUACUAAUCAUUACCAAUUACAAAAUAUUAAUGAUGUUACUGUUGAUUCUGCUCAUAUGCCAGUACCAUCAAAUGAAAAACCACCAGUUGUAUCAUUAAAUGAUACUAAUAAUGACGAUCACUAUUCGCGAUUUGAACUUGAUCCUUGGACAGUAACGACAACAUCUUUUUUAUCACCUUCUUUCAAUAAUCUUCCGACAGAUCGCGUCACAGAAAGAAGUGCACCACCAUUGGUACAUCCAAUAGUAUCUCAACUACAUGAUUCAAUUCUUGUCGAAGCCUAUCACAAGCAACAGCAAUAG